GAACAGCCCAAGUUCCUAGCCGGGUCAGAGGUCACAAACAUGGCGGCUGAAUAAACGUCGUCUGCAGCUGAGGACUAAAUUUGGGCAACAAACGCCGAGAGUUAAAUACCUGGAGCUACAAAUUGACUCUGGACUGGACCAAGCACAAACCAGCAACAAGGGACCACGUCUAGCGAGAUAUUAAACGUUAAAUAAGGACAGAAAUAGCGACAACAUGCAGUAGCUUACCGUACCCAGCGUGUGUUCCGGAGGUUACUAAGAAUGGCCGCAGCUUCCGUAACGCGGGUUGUGCGGCGGUGUGAGGAGGCGAAAUCCGACGGCAACCUGGACCUUGCCUCCUGUGAGCUGACUAGUUUCCCCGUGUUUGUUACAGACCUGGCCUCCUGUGAGCUGACUAGUUUCCCAGUUGCCGUGUACCAGCUACUGAGGAACACAGAAGUGCACUGCUGCAUUCUGAACAGCAACCUGCUCAAGCUGCUGCCCAAAAGGCUCCCUGCACAGUUCCCUCAUCUGCAAGAGCUGCAGCUGUCCAGGAACCAGCUGCAGAGUCUGCCUGCAGAACUUCAGCAGCUGCAGCAGCUGCAGAGGCUCGACAUCUCGCACAACCGCUUCUCCAUCUUUCCUGAGGCUGUGUUCCAGCUGAAGGCUCUUGUCAGUCUGAAUGCUAGCAACAAUGCCAUCGUGGGGGUUGAUGUUGGGAAGCUGGGUGGGAUGGAGUCGGUAGCAGACGUGGACCUCCAGGCAAACCCGCUCGCCGAGGCUGUUCACAAUGACCUUCAGCAACUACCCAGGCCCAAGGUCACGGUCAGCCCCUGGGAGGAACACUUCCAGGACAUGGAGUAGCCCCUCACUUCCAUAUAAGGACAUGGAGUAACCCCUCACUUCCAGGACAUGGAGUAGCCCCUCACUUCCAUAUAAGGACAUGGAGUAGCCCCUCACUUCCAUAUAAGGACAUGGAGUAGCCCCUCACUUCCAGGACAUGGAGUAGCCCCUCAAUCCAGGACAUGGAGUAGCCCCUCACUUCCAUAUAAGGACAUGGAGUAGCCCCUCACUUCCAUAUAAGGACAUGGAGUAGCCCCUCACUUCCAGAACAUAUAGAAUAGCUGCAGUUACUGUUACAGUAGUAUUUUGUGAAUUAAAUGAAGACUUUGCGCUCUCCUGAAUAAAGAGACUCU